AAAGAGCCCGUUUGCCCCUCAGCGCCUCACUGUCACCCACCUCCCCGUUACUGCGUGGAGGCCCCCCUUGCUGACCAGUUUAACAGCACUUGUUUGUCCACAUCUUAUUCCUCCUUCGCAGUCUCGCACGUUGUCAGCGCCGCCCUCCUUCAAACUUCGUGUCUCUGACACUGUGCUCUCUGGAUUUCCCCUCUUGGCCAUCCUCAGUCUUCUUCACUGGCGCAUCGUCUUUCUGUCCCUGAAGUGAUUGUUAUUCUCCAGUUUUUUUGAGUUUCAUAUCCAAACACUGACACGUCUGUCUAAAUAUACCUUAAGUAUCUCGAUAUUUAACCUGUCCCCCGGUGACUUAAUCACCUCCCAACCUGCCCUUUUCUUGAAUUCUCUAUCAGUGUGAAUUCAUAUUACCGUCUUUCUACUCACUUUUUCACCCUUCAUCUGAUUCGCGAUUGUGUCUGUUGACUUACCUCCUACAUGUUCUGAAAUACGUCUCUCUUUGUCCUCCUGCUGUUUUUUUAUUUCAGGACUUUUCUGUUUUCCUUGAGAACUUGCACCCCAGCUGGUCACCAGGCCUGCUGUUGUGCCGCCGUCCAUUGAUGUCGCACAGGACAAUGUUUGUUAAGUGCAAGUCUGAUCACAGCACUUCCCUUAUUAAAAUUCCUCACUAGUCUCACACAGCCUUAACGUAAACCUCGAAUUCUCCCUCACGGUGUCGGGAUUUUGUGAGCUGGCUCCUGCCCAGAACUCUGCUGCCUCUUGUCUUCACAACCACUAUACCCACCCUGAGCUCUACUCUUACUGAAUUACUUGGCAUUUUCCCCCAAAAGAACUGUAUUUUGUCACCUCUGUGCUUUUGCAUUUGCUGUUUGCUCCCAAAAUGCCAUUCUAAUCAUUCAUCACAUUACUUAAGUAACAACUUUGUGCCAGUUUUGAAGACUUGAUGCUGAACAGCGCAGACAGUGCUCCUGUCCUGCAGGUAGUAGGAGGUAUAGUCAGCUAGACUGGGUUAUGUACCAGUGUGGGGAGGACACAGCAGGCACAUGGAACCUAGACGUCGGCCUCCAGCGAAUGCUGCAGGGAGGGAGUGACGGAGGAAGUGAUGUCUGAAUUGAAUCCGAAGAAAAAGCAUGAACUAACCAGACAUAAAGAAUUUAGGGGAGAGGUGUUCCAGGCAAAAGAAACAACGUGCCCAGAGGCAAGGAGAACCAAGCACAGAGCAAAUUUGGAAAACCAGAAAUGGUUUGUUGUAGGGUGGAGAUGGGGGCAGGGACAGUCACUGUAAGAGAUGAGCCUGGAGAUAGAAGCAUAAGGCAGAUCGUCAAGAGCCUUAUAUAAAGGAUGGCCUUAUAUUUUGCUGUCCAAAGUGGGAUUCCUUUGAGAGGGUGAAAGGUGGAAGAUGAUUAUUGCUGCUAAUAAUUGUUCUGGGGCCGCAGGCAGUAAUCGCACCGUCUGUUCCAGGCAGACCAGAAGUGGUCGCCUUACUCAUCAGCUAUUGUAAGGAGUUGAAGUGACACUGCUUUGCAGGCUUAAGGAGUAUGAGCAGAGCACAUUUAAGGUAGAGUGAAAAGAUGACUUCAGGUUGGGGAACAUUAACUUCUGGGUUUCUGUGAUUGUGUUUUUUUUCCUGGUACCACUUCUGUCACCAAAUGUGUGUGACUUUUUCCAUAUAUUAGCCAAUUCUCCCAACACCAACUAGGCAUCCAGCAAUUCAGUUCUGACACUGACUGUCCAGAGUUAGCUCAGACCCCCGCAGGUUAAGGGCUUAGUCCCACCGGACUGGCCCCACUUCAGAUGCGAACCACAGAUGGGGUGCCUCGGCCACUGCAGGGGAGGAGAGGGUUCCUCCCACCCUCCUCGGUUCUGUAACUGGCUGAGGAAUUAAACUGGAAUAAGAUAGAUUAACAGGAGUUGGGGGAUGGCGGUGGGAGGGGGCAAGUUUUCAGUACUUACUUUUGUACCAGGAGUUUCACAAAGAAAUGAGAUCAAGAAGAGACCAGAUGCUUGAGGCUUUCAUGUCAUCUUAGGCUAAAUGAAAGAAAGGGCUUUGGGGCUGCCAGGUGGUGGAGGCAAGCUGUGGGAAGGCGAGGGGGAAGAUGUGUGGUGAAUGCGGGUUGUCUUGUUAUGCGGAGUCAAGUGAUGAGAGUAGGUUCCUCCUGGUAGGGAGAAGUCUUUACAAAUGGAAAUUUCCUUUACAAAAAGGAAAAUUUGUACUUUUAUUUUUAGGCAGUUGAGGGGAUGUAAAUAGCUUUUCCUGCAUCUGCUUGUUCUCAGUUACCUUUAACUCAAAAUAGUCCUUAUGCCAAAGUGGCAUGUUUUGGGGUGACAUAUUCUGGUCUCCUUUACUACCCACACUUGUGUCCAGUGACUACAAAUUCAGGUGUCUCCAUGACCCCUCCUCCAAGGUUCAGUUAUUUGCUAUAAUGACUCACAGAACUCAGGAAAACAUUUCACUUGCGUUUACCUAUGUAUUAUAAAAGAUAUAACUCAGAAACAGCCAAAUGGAAAAGACGCGUAGGGUGAGGUGCAGGGGUGGGGGGAGGGGUGGUGUACAGAACAUGACCUCUCAGGGUGCACCAUCUUCCCAGCGUGUCAGUGUGUUCACCAACCCGGUAGCUCCCUGAAUCUUACUGUUCAAGUGUUUUUAUAACUCAAUGUGUAGCCCCCUUUCCCACCCUAGAGGUGGGGCGUGGGUAGGGCUGGAAGUUCCCGCAGUCUAAUCACAUGUUUGUCCUUUCUGGUGACCAGCCUCCAUCAUGAAGCUGUUUAGGAACCCUGCUAAGUCACCUCAUUAGCAUCAAGUCAGGUAUGGUGGGAAAAGACUUGUUAUGAAUACUGAAAGAAUCCAACUGCAUAAUUCAGGAAAUUUCAAGAGUUUGAGGAGCUCUGCGCCAGGAACAGGGAAGAAGGACCACACUGUGAUGUAUUCAGGUUCAGGAAGCCACGUGAGUGCGUAAAUGGGAGCUGGCAUAGGUGACUGUCUCUCAGAUUAAGCUGGUUUCAUUUUGAAAAGUUUCUCGAUUUUCCCUUUGUGUCAAAGAUUAUACUCUUGAUAUUUGAAUCACCAAAAUGAAGACUGUUUCUCCUGAAUAUUUCCCAUCAGUUUAUGAGCUUUAAGGCUCCUAUAGGACUAUCUAGAAGUUGUAGGAUCUCUCUCCUUCCCCUGCUUUAUUCCGGUUGAAGUUUUAUGUUUUUCUUUCAAAAAUCUUUAUUAUGUGGUAUUUGAUACAUUAAUUUAAUCAACGCAUAUUUACUGAGGACCUAUGUGUCAGGACUAUUCUAGGUCUAAGGGAUACUUCAGUGACUAAAAUGGACUUCCAGCCCUUUUGGAGCUUAGAUUCUAGUUAGAGAAGAUAAGGUGGGGGUGGGUGGAGGUAGACAAUAAACACAGUAAAGAAGGUAGAAGGUGACAUACUAUGGAAAAAACAGGACAGAGAAGGGGGAUUGGGAGCCUAGUGGUGGGAGCUGCAGUGUUAGAUGAGAGAUGGGGUCAGCCUCAUUGAAAAGGUGAUGUUUAAAGAAAGAUUUGAAUACAGAGGGCUGUUAGCCAAGUGGCUAUCUGGGGGAUGAGUGUUCAAGGCAGAAGAAAGCGCAGCGCGUUCCUCACGUGGGGACUUAACUUGCCAUCUGGAGGAGUGGGAGAGAGCUCAGCGUGGAAGGACGCAGUGAGGUUGGAGGGGUGGCGAGGAGCCAGACGUGGGCUUGGUAAGCCUUCGCAGGACUUCAGCUUUCGCUCUCAGAGACCCAUAUUGUUCUGAACGGGGAUGGCCCGUGAUCUGAAUUACAUUUGAAAACCUCUGAACGCCUUGUUUAAAACAGACUGGGGUCGGGGCAGAGUGGAGAGUGGGACACUUGCUAGGGAGCUGCUGCAGAGAUCCUGGUGAGGGAUGCUGGUGGCCUGGACUAGGGUGGCGGCGGCGGACUCGUUGGGGACUGGUUGGCUUCUGGAUCUCUUGAUUGUGGAGCCGAUGUUGGCGUUCUCGUUUAUAGAUAUGUAUGACUUGGAACCUGCAUCUGAAUUAGGAGAAGAUUUAUUGAAACUUUACGUGAAACAUUGUUGCCCAGAUACUGAUGUUCAUGUUGAUGGAAAAAAUUUUAAAGCCCACAGAGCCAUUUUAAGUGCCAGAUCUAGUUACUUUGCUGCGAUGCUGAGUGGCUGUUGGGCUGAAAGCUCCCAGGAGCACAUUACUCUUCAAGGUAUAAGCCAUGUAGAAAUGAAUGUUAUGAUGCAUUUUAUGUAUGGAGGAACUUUGGACUUUCCAGACAAAGCUAAUGUUGGUCAGAUACUCAGUAUGGCUGAUAUGUAUGGACUAGAAGGAUUAAAAGAAGUAGCAAUCUAUAUUUUAAGAAGAGAUUACUGUAAUUUCUUUCAGAAGCCUGUUCCCAGAAGGUUGGCAUCUGUACUAGAAUGCCUGAUUAUUGCUCAUUCAGUUGGAGUGGAAAGUCUUUUUGCUGACUGCAUGAAGUGGAUUGUAAAGCAUUUUGCAAGAUUUUGGUCUGAGAGAAGCUUUGCAAGUGUACCUCCUGAGAUUCAGAAAAGUUGUCUUAAUAUGUUGAUUCAGUCCUUAAAUGAUAAGAAUGCUGCUUUUCUUCUGAUGGAAAGCGACAGGCUGAUCAUCAGUUUACCCAGAGUGAAGUGGACAGAAGCAGCACUGACUAUGGCAUCCCAGCUCCAGGAAGAAUGUAUUGCGUUUAUUACAGGAAACUUCCCCAAGAUCAUUCAGAGUGAAAAUUUUGCUGUUCUCUUACAGUCACAAGCAAUGAGUAGCACAGCUGAUCUGUUGGAAAAAAUUUUAAAAGCAAUUGAAGGAAACAUCACCACCGAGAAUAGCUGCUCUCUUCUUAUGGCUCUGGACACGUUACUGAGCUCUGACAGUACAAAGGAAAUGGGUUUUACGUGCAAGAUCCAGGCUCUGCGUGAUAAGCUGUGGAUCUUCCUGGUUCAGUCUUUCUACGCUGUUCGUCACACAGAAAGCUGGAAGCUGAUGAGCACAGAUGAUCAACAGAAAAUCCAAGCAGCUGCAUUUGACAAAGGUGAUGAUCGAAGACUUGGCAAAAAGCCUGUAUUCAGCAGCUCUCAGCAAAGGAGACAAGUUUCUGACUCUGGCGUUGUAAAGAACAAACCUAACGAGAAAGGGUAUCUCAGUUAUCCCUCUACUAAUCAGAAGAUGAAAUCUGAUGGAUUAGGAGCAUCUGGACAUUCAUCAAGUACUAACAGAAAUUCUAUAAGCAAAACUUCAAAACAUGAUAAUUUAAAGGAAAAAGAUGGUACAAAAAUAGCACCUAAGAGCACAAAAGAAUUAAAAACUGUGGGGAAAAGUGCUGCUGGAAAGCCCAAAGCUACAAUAAAGCCCCAAACAGAAAAUGGUGAUAAUGCAAAGUCAGCCAACAUGUCACCCAGACAAGCUGUAGAAAGACUCGCAACAGCAGCAGCAAACGGACAGAAGAAACCAGUCAAUGGAACAGGAGUGAGAAAUCAGGAAGGGCCGAUCACAGGUGCCAGACCCAAGGCAGCUGCCGGAAACGCCAGCGUGCCAGCCAGAGCAAAGCCUCUGAAGAAAGCGACAGGCAAAGGUGCUCCGAGCCUCGGGCCUGCGGGACCCUCUGGCAGAUCUGCAAAUUCAAGUAUGGAAUUACCAACUUCCAUGGACUGUCUGGAUGAACCAAAAGCAAACGGAUCAAUAGAAGAGAAGCCUUCUGGCCACAGACUUCCCUUCUGCGAAGCUCCAGCACAGACAGCACAAAGCAGUGGAGAAAGUAGCAGAACCUCCGCUGCAGCAGUAAAAUCUCAACCUGUUUCAAAAGUUACCAAUGGAACUUCCAAUAGAAAGAGCGUUCACGAACAAGAAACCAAUAUAAGUAACAGUGUGUUAAAGAAGGUCACCAGCAAAGGAUGCAGUGACCCAGUGCCACAGGCACUUCUAAAGAAGAGAGGAAAUGGCAGUGGGUGUGCUGCUGCUCAGCCGAGGACAAAGAACGCCCCGCCCAAUCUUGCCAAAACUCAAGGAUCCCAAGGAGGAUCACCACAUUCAGUAAAAUCUUCGGUCUCUUCAAGGCAAUCUGAUGAAAAUGUGACAAAAUUGGACCACAGUACAACUACAGAUAAACAAACACCUAAGAGAAAAAUUGUCAAGCAAGGACAAACAGCUGUGCCUAAAAUGAAUGCAAAAAUAGUAGCAAUGCCUAAAAACCUAAAUCAAUCUAAGAAAGGUGAAACUUCGAAUAAUAAAGAUUCAAAACAGAAAACACUCCCUGGACAGGUUAUAUUGAAGACUCAGCCUUCUUCUCAAAAACCUUUAAAAAGUGAACCAUCUGUUGUCCACAGAAGUGUGCCUCGUGAUGUGUGUGGUGACAACAGCACAGGCACUGUUCCAGAACAGGAGCCUCACGAACCUGCAAUGAAUCCCGCAGCCGACAUCAGUGGCAUGGAAGCGUUUCCGUCAUGCAGACCUGACCCACAAAAGCCGCUAAACAAGCAAGAAAAAGAGAAGUUGGUGUUAGAACGCCAAAAUAUUUCAAAUCAGGAUAAAUCAAUGAAACAUGAACUGGAAUCAAAACAGAUUCCUUCAGAUAAAUGUGAAACAAAUUUUUCUGGUCACAAAGAAACAGAUCAUUGCAACACAGCUAAAAUGCACUGUCAUUCUGAUGAGAGUGAUAAUGUAGAUCCAAAAUUACAUAGCACCACUGCCCUAAAAUCCAUGAUUUCAAAACCAGAUGAAAACUCUUUGAACUCUAAUCCAGUUUAUGACUUAGACUCAACAAAUGUAGAGCAAAUUCAUUCAGUAUCAGAUAGGGAGAAACAAGUAGGGAGAAAAGAUACAGAUAAAAAACUGAACAUUAAAUGUGGGGAAAGUAUUUUACCUUGUGUUCCCGAAAAGACAAAUGGUACCUUAAAUUCUGAUCAAGAUGACAGAAAAUCUGAAAUUCAUGCAGAAGAACAGACAACUCCUAGUCAGCUGUCUGAUGACUCUGACAUGACUGAAGGCAAACAUGCUACUGUGGACUCAAGUACUUCCUCCAGGUGUUUUUUGGGACAAAUACCAGGGAAAAAUUCUCCGAAAGAUAUGGAAACACUGGGAACUCCAGAGAACCAUGGAACUCCAGAAGCUCCAUUCAUGAGUCACUGGAAUUUGAGUGCCAGUGUUCUGCAUCAUAGGGAGAGUCCUGAAUCUGACACUGGCAGUGCUACAACAUCCUCUGAUGACAUAAAGCCCAGAUCUGAAGACUAUGAUGCAGGAGGGUCUCAGGAUGAUGACGGGUCAAAUGACAGAGGUAUUUCUAAAUGUGGCACGGUGCUGUGCCACGACUUCCUGGGAAGAAGUAGCAGUGACACCAGUACUCCUGAAGAAUUAAAAAUAUAUGAUAGUAACUUAAGAAUUGAAGUGAAAAUGAAAAAGCAAAGUAGUAAUGAUCUUUUCCAAGUUAAUUCGACAAGCGAGGAUGAGAUUCCUAGGAAAAAGCCGGAAAUUUGGUCUCGAUCUACAGUAGUUCAUCCUAGGGUCAAAGAAACCAUUCCACGAGGCAGCGUCCAGUUUGUUCAGGAGGCAGAUCAGGUUUCUUCCUCAGCAGAUGAAACAGAAGACGAAAGGUCUGAAGCUGAAAAUGUUGCGGAAACUUUCUGUACAUCUAACCCAGUGCCUCAGCAGUUUCAGGGAAUAAUUAAUUUAGCUUUUGAAGACGCAACUGAAAAUGACAGGCACGAGUUUCGUGCAACUAAAACCUUUAAAAGGUCGGUUUUACUUUCCGUGGACGAAUGUGAAGAACUGGGAUCUGACGAAGGGGAGGCCCCUGCUCCCCGUCGGCCUUCUGCGGAGUGCCUGUCACCUUCCGAUGUUUUUGAGAGCGAUUCUCAUGAACAUCACGGAAGGACCUGCUAUUCCAGGCUCUCACAAGCAAGUGAAGGUAGUAUCUUAGAAUGUUCACAAGAUACAAGCAAUAGUGUAUAUAAAAACAAAAGCUCUCCCGUGGGUCUUAGUAGCACUGACUCUUCAAGAAAAGAUAUGCAGAGUGCUUCAGCCACAGAGAAAAAGAGCACAACAAAUGUCCUGUCCAAAGGAGGCAGACGGCUUCCUCCAAAAUAUAAAAAAGUAAACAGUGGUAGCCAUGUGGAUAAUGACUUUCAGCCAUGCAGCAGACUUUCAGAGAGUGACGUAAAAUCUCAAGAAAGACCACGUCAUCUGGAACUUUAUCAAAGAGAACCCAAUUCUGACAUACCAAAGAACAACUCUACAAAACAUUUGGACUCCUGUCGGAGUCAAGUUCUGCCUCAGGAAGGUCAAGUGAAAGAGAGCCAUUCUGCAGCUACCGAAAAAGCUAAUGUCGCUUUAUCUGCAGGAGACGUAGAUGAUUGUGACACACUGGCACAAAUCUACAUGUAUGACCAUCGGCCUUCAAAAACCCUGUCUCCAAUAUAUGAGAUGGAUGUAACAGAAGCAUUUGAGCAGAAAAUGGAAUCAGAAACACACAUUACAGACGUGGAUUUUGAAGAUGAGCAACACUUUGCAAAGCAAGAUUGGACACUAUUAAAGCAACUGCUCUCUGAACAAGAUUCAAACUUAAAUAUUAUAAAUUCUGUUCCUGAAGACUUAAAUUUAGCACAGUAUCUAAUCAGUCAGACACUACUUUUAUCACGAGACAGCUCAAAACCUCAGGGUAAAGCGUAUGUUGACACUUUGAACAGAUGGAGCGAAUUAACGUCUCCAUUCGAUGAGUCCUCAGCAAGCGCCACCAUGGCUAGUUUUUCCUCUGAAGAGUGCUCCCCCCGAGGGGAAUGGACAAUUCUGGAACUGGAAACUCAGCAUUAAGCAUAUUAACACUUUGGAAAAUGUUAAACUCUACCACGCCUUUAUUUUUUGAUGCUUAUAUUCAAAUGAUAAUUACAUUAGCCAGAGAUAGACUAUCCUUAAUAUUGAGGGAGUCUUUCCAAUUUAUUGAAGUAAACAUAGUUUAUUAAUAUGAUAUUAAAUGUAGAAAAAAAGUGUUUUUCUAAAAAUUUUGAGCAUGUUUUCUAUAAUCAUUAGAGAAAUUAGAAGACUUGUAAGGAAACUUUUGCUUCAGUUUUUCCUUCCUAACUGAUCAUCUGUUUAACUUGUUUACCAGUCAAAAAUUUAAAAUGUGAAUGCACAAGUAAAACAGUCUCUUUACUUUUUGCUCUGCAUAUGGUAACAGUAAUUUAACAAUAAAACUUCCUGUGCUUGUGUCAAUUUAUUUACGUAGAGUUAAUCUGGGAGUAACAUUCAAACUCAGGUUUGUAUGGUUGAGGCUGAUAGCUUAAUAUUAGAAAAAAAUCUUAAGGUCCAGGAAAGUGUCACGUAAAUGCAUCUCAGAUUGCACUGACAGCUUUACUGAAGCAGGAGAAAUGGAGUCUCCAGUCACCUUUGGGGAUGUACCUGGAGAGAGGCAUCUGCUCUUGUUCAAAAGAAGUGGGAAAACGCUCAUUUGAGUUACAUAAACUCCUCUGUAGUUAGCUAAUCACUCAGUCACUUUCCAUCUCAUGCUAGAGAUAUUUUGGAACUGCACCUGCAAUAAGCAUGCACUAAAUAUUAACUUGAAAAUGGGUACACGGGCCAGUUCAGUUAUUGAGUUAAAUUAUGUGCGUGCGUGUGCACACACACAUAGGUUUGCUUUUUCCAUUUGUCUAUAUGCUCUAGUUCCUUAUUUCCCUGGUAGAUUAUCUUUCAGUCUGUAAUCCUGGUAGAAAGGCAAAGAUAAACGUUUUUUACAGACUGCUACUGGGAAGUGAACACUUGGAUGCCUACUAAAGGUGGACGCUGCCUUAGGUGGGAUUUAGUAGAACUGGUGUCUCUCAAAGCUUUGUAAGUAAUUCAUAAUUUCUCUAAAAUACAUCAGAAGUAAGGAAACCUUUUGGUUUAGAAUUCCUUUUCUAAAUUAAUAAAGUUUUCAACAAAUGAUCAACAACAGAAUCUAACUAUACUAUCAACGAUUAUAUUAGUGGACAAUUGUUUGCUAUUCUUACAUAGUAAUGUAACUAUGUUAACAUUAGCUUCUAACCUGUUAUACCAUAAAUUUGCUAUGCCUUUUUUUGUUUGUUUUUUAUUGAAGUAUAGUCAGUUUACAAUGUUGUGUCUGUUUCUGGUGUACAGCACAGUGAUUCAGUCGUAUAGGAACAUACAUAUAUUCGUUUUCAUAUUCUUUUUCACUGUAAGUUAAGAUAUUGAAUAUAGUUCCCUGUGCUGUACAGUAUGAACUUGUUUAGCUAUUUUAUAUAUAGUAGUAUCUGCAAAUCUCACUAUGUCUUUUUAACUAGACACUCUGCAGGGGCCACUCGUUCAUUCAGUCAAGAAACAUUCAUUCUAGGCACUGAGGUGUGAAAAUAAAAAAGGUCUGAUUCCUGCCCCCGCCCAAAAAGAGUUCAGUUUUCUAGUGAGGGAGGAAACCAAAUAAGAAAAAGGUUAAAAACCAGUAUUCUAAGAAUCUGUAUCUUAAAGCUGGAUGGGAAUUUAGAGGUUAGUCUAAUUCCUUCAGAUCCCCAGGGAGGAUCCGAAGCCCUGAGGAAUUUAAAACCUGCCCCAAAUCCCACAGUAAUCAGUGUUCCUUAAUUUCAGUGUGAUGCCAUUCCUACCACGUUACACACUUCAUUUGAUUUUUAUCAUAAAAACUGAGAACAGAUUAAUUCAUAGUUUGUAGUAUAAAGAAGUAACGUCAGACAGUCAUGAAUAGCAGAUUCCCAAGACAUUGUUUUCUUUUUCUCUAAAUAUGCAAUUAUUUCAAGUGUUAUUACUAUAUAUAAACUAGAUAAACAAAGAGGACCUACUGUGUAGCACAGGGAACUAUACUCAAUCUCCUAUAAUAGCAUGCAGUAGAAAAAAACUGAGAAGAAAAAAAUAUAUAUAUGUAUAUAUAUAACUGAAUCACUUUGCUGUACACUGGAAACUAACAUUGUAAAUCAACUACACUCCAAUAAAAAGUUUUAAAAAAACAAAAGUUAAAAUAAAAAUAUGCAAAAGUAAAAAAAAAAGGUAUUCAACUUCAUGUCACAUCUGCAAAUAGAUAAUAGGGAAGGCAUUGUGUGUAAGUAUGAUCUCUUAGGUAAUUUCAGGACCUGUGUUUUCUUAUCACGGCUUUUUGUGAACAGUACAUCUACCAGUCUGUUUGCUGUGGACUCUUGGCUAGUUCUUUAUCAUUCAAUAAACAUGUAUUGAAAAGUAA